AUGAAAGAAUGUGGGAAACCAAUGAGGAUAAGGAUGCCAGUAUUUUUAUGCCUCGUGGACCCUCCACAAAUAAAGCAACGAAAAAAAUAAAGCAGAAAGGAAAAGAAAAGAUGAUGACAACAGUGUGGAGCCCACUUCCGGACUUUUUUCUGACUUCCUCAAUUUUCUCCCCCUCCCACAUCACACACACCCACACUCUCUCUCUCUCUCUCCCCACUUCCCCUUCAGGCUUCAACUCCCCUACUCGCCGCAACCCCCUCCCAAUUUAUCUUCUGCUUCGCGCUCACUGAACCACCAUCAAUCUCUCGUGAUUUUUGUUCCUAUGAUUGUGGGCUCCCCAUGGUUUAUGAUUUCAUAUGUACGCUUUUGCUGAAGCGCAGAGAAUCAUGUCUCUCUUUCUCUUUCUCUUUCUCCUUCUCUCUCCACUUCCCCUUCAACUCCCCCUGCUGGCCACAACCCCCCGUUUAUCUUCUGCUUCGCGCUCACUGAACUUCCAUCAAUCUUCGUGAUUUUCAGGUUCCUAUUAUUGUGGGGCCCCAUGGGGUUUAUGAUUUCAUAUGUACCCUUUUUCUGAAGUGCAGACAAUCAUCUCUCUCUCUCUCAUCUGUCUGUGCCUCCCAGAUUAUCAUUCGACACUCUUGCCUCUCUUGUGCGGAGAAUGGACCAAAAUGGUGUCAUCAGCUAUCGCCACCGGCGUUCGCCUUCCUCCGACAGAUUUAUUGGCGUCUUCUCUCCUCCUUCCUCCACCACGACCAUCUCUUCAUCUCCGUCCGUCGUCGCUGGGGACGAGCUCAACGAGGACGACGUCUUCUACACCAACGACUUCUCCGAGCCGCGGCGCGAGCCACCCUCAACCAUCAACCACCGAUCCCGUCACUCCUUCCGCCAACCGGAGAAGUUCGGCAUCCUUGCCGCCUUACCAGAGGACAAGCGGAAUACCGACGUCAUCAUCCAGAAACCUGCUCUCCAUUACUCACCGACAAGUUCCUUCUCCCGCGAUAUCCCCUCGAUUCCCAAGCCUCAUCCCCCGGUGGAGAUUACGUACUCGCAGUCGAUGCCGAUCCGGCGGUUCCAACAAUCGGCGCCGGUGAACGUCCCGAUGAUGCCGAGGAAACCAAGAAACGUGGAGAUCGCUGACUUGGACGUAGGCGACGACAUGGACGAGGAGGAAGUGCUGCCGCCGCAUGAGAUUGUGGCCCGUGGGUCAUUGAGAAAUGAGAAGAGUUCAUUUUCGGUGCUGGAAGGCGUGGGGAGAACACUCAAGGGGAGAGAUCUACGGCAGGUGCGCAAUGCUGUGUGGCGCCAGACAGGUUUUCUCGACUAGUAUUAUUAGCAAAAUUGACAUAAUUUGUUAUUUAUCGUAUUCUGCUUUCAGAUUUGCGAUGUCCGAAAUCGAUAAUUGUUGAAGCCCUCCGUCUUGAAAUCUAUCCAUUCUCAGUAGAAUAGAAAAACAAGAACAACAUAUUAUGAAGUAGAGUAAGUUAAUUUAUUCAAUUGUAGUCAACAGAGGCUUCGGCUUUUGUUCUAGAGAGAAAAGAUGACCAUGGAAGAAGUCUCGGCCCAACCUUCCAUGUCUUCGUAUUUUGGUGUGUUAGCUAUACAACUAUGGAAUUAUCUUAAUUGGUGAUGUUACCAAGUUCCAUUCAUUUACAAUGGCAUGUUAGGUGAGAUGUUUUUUGCUAAUAUUAAACAUGAAUAGUUGGAAAUUGAAAAUCACAAUUUCACUAUAGAGGUGAUGAUGAGAUCAAUUUAUCCAAAAAUUGAUUUGUGUUGAAAUAUCAAAUAAAUGUUAGUUCCUUUGCAACAUAUCAUCCACUAAGACGUUGGGCAAUAUGUAACAUCAAGUAAAGAUGACAGUAUGAUGCAAUUCUUCCAUUAUCCUUUUUAAGAAUAGUAAUUGAAAACUAACAAUGUCAAAAUGACAAAAAUGUUUUCUUAUCAAAAUACAAAAGAAACAAGACUUUUGAAUUUUGCAAGAUGUAGAAUAAUUUCAAGGAUAACUGUGUGGUUUUCGAUCAAAUAUGCUUCUGAUACCAAAGAGCUUCCCUCCAUGUUUCUUCAACAGUUAAUUUUUACACUAUCACAUCACCUUCGUAGGAUCACAUUUCACAUGAUGUUUAAUUUUCAUAACAUGAUGUGUGCAACUUGUUUUAAGAAUUACUCCGUGAUUAUCGAAAUGCUUGAAUAAUAAAAGAUGUAUGUAAGUAUAAAGAUUGGUGUAGAGAAUGAGCGCCGAGUGACAACUGACAAGUCAGAAUAUCAAUAAGCAAUAAUUGUGUAGUUCACACGGGAAUAAUACCCCUCGCACGAUAUUAUGAUUCCAUCAUUCAUGCAAUUGGACUUUGUGGAGUAGAAAAGGAAAUGAUCGCUAAGCUAGGAAACACAACGACUCAAAAUAAUCAUAGCCCCCAAAAAAAAUCCCAAUCAAAAUAAGAAGUAGAGAAAAGAGAAAGGGCAAGUCAGAAUAUCAAUAAGCAUUUUUAAUAAGCCUCACGGAGAUUAUUCACCUCUCGCUAAUCCACUUUUUUCAUCAUUCUUGCCAACUGGGAGACAAAUAAUUUUUCCAAAAAGUUGUUUUAAAAAACUAAAGGAAUUGUCCCCCAUCUACAAGCAAAGAGACAUUCAGAAUCCACUUUCUGGAUCAAUAAUAAAGAUCCGAAUUCCGAAUCAACCAACAGUAGAAAAAUUUACUGCAGCAACCGGAAAUUGCAGGAAAAAUUAGAGAUCCAAAACAUAAGAAUGAAUUGCCUCUUGGUAGACCGAAGACGGGGGUAAGAUGGAAUUCUCAGAAGGAAAACCCUAAAAAGAACACCAUAACAACACACACAAUCACACCAAUAUACAUACAAAACAUACGUACAUAAGUGACCGUGCGCGUAUACAUUUACUAUAGCGCGGCUAUGACUCAAAACGCUUCCAUUGACGACGGCGGAAGGCGAUCUUAAGGGCCGCGCCGACAGGGGGGGGGGGAAACUGAAACAUCCGAACACUUACAAAUUGUAUAACGAUUCCCCAAAGAACAACAAUCGAAAAUCGAGUGUUUGCGAAGAUAAUGAUAUAGAAAUGAGAUGCUCA